AUGACCCAACACGGGUUCGACAAGGUCUUUGUCAUUUUUCUGGCACUCUCGAUUCUUCUCGGUUCGUUACUCUACUACCACUUGCAUCAAAUAAUGUACGUAUUAUUUGGAGCAGGGCAAAAUAUGGUUCCUGGAUUCCACCUCGACGACAAAAAGCCCAACGUACUCAUUGUCAUGAUGUUUGCCAUUGGUGUCUACACGGGCACUUGUUUUGUUCUGCAACACACAUGGAUGAGUGCCGAAUUGGUUGUGGCAUUGGUCCUCUUCGUGGUGACAGCCGUGCACUCGAAUCCACGGUUGGAAGUUUUCCGUGCCUUCCUUGGCAGGGUUACCUGUGCUAGCUGGUGUGUCGUUGUUGUUGCCAUUAUUGUUGGAGUCUUGGCGGUUAUGCUCCACAAGCAAAUGGCAGUGGUAUCGCUAUCGGCUGGUUUGGUUCUGAUUAGUGGAACGAUCUUGGUGCUGGCGGUGUUGGUGAAUGUGCAACAUCGGGGUGGGGCGUCUUGGCUAUUCCGGCAUUUCCCCAUUGCUUUUGGCGUGGGUUUGCUCCUGUUGAUGUUGGAUGUUCUGAUGGAGCAUGCCUCGGGUGAUACAAAACUCUGUGCUCUUCUUUGGCUUGUACUGAUUGGGAUCCUUGACUGUUGCCAGCAAAAGGGAUGGAUCCAAGGACCAUCUUUCCGGAACAUUCCCAACGUUUGGAUUCCUGUCAACCAGAACAUUCCCAACAACAAUCAUGUUCCCAACAACCGGAACCCACCACCCGCCAAGCCAUACCUAUUGGAAACUUUGCCACAAGUGAAUGUCAACGAGAAGGACAUUGCAACACACAUAGAAUGCCCUCUCUGCAAAGAAGAUUUGGAACUGGGGUGUCCUGUUGUCCACUUGCCGUGUUCUCAUAUCUAUCACGAUCGAUGCAUUGAGGGCUGGCUGCUGGACAAAAAUUGCACCUGUCCUCUGUGCUUAUGGGAAUUCCCAACAGACAAUGAAUCCUACAAUCGAGGUCAAACACAGCGAAUGAAGAAUCGCAAACCGCGGUAUUACUGGUACGAGUUGGAACGGACCCCAGUCCGAGAACUCAAACAAUGGCUAUCACCAGGAGAUUCAUUUUGUGCUUUGGAAAAGAAGGAGCUGUUUCAGCACUUGAUGGACACUCAGGCAAUUGUUGUCAUUGACAACCCACAACCGGAAGCAGGAACAACACGUAGCAGCAGCAAGGAGGUUCAACAUACAGUCUAA